AAAAGGCCAAGAUAUGAUACACAUGAAAUGUAGAAUUGCAUACAAUGAUAAAUUGCAUACACAUGUAAUUUCUCCGCUUAAUCCUCUCAAAAUCCAACUCUAUGUUGGGACAGAUCAAAUUUGCGACAGCCAGACGGAAAAUUGAGACAUAAAGCAGUUGACAAGAUGUAAACACCACUAGGAUUAAACGGAGAGGUUCGGUUCAUUUGAAGCAAAUACAGAACACUCUGCUCUGCACUCACUUGGAAAGACAGAUUGGACUGGAAAAAAGCUUGUAAGUUUAUGUUCAUUUGAAGGAAAUACAGAACACUCUUUUCUGCACUCUUUUCGAAACACAGAUUGGUCUGGAAAAGAACCUUAAAGCUUAUUGGGUAUUACCACAGAAGCAAGAUGCUUUCCAUUGCCAUACUUUUUUGCGUUGGCUUUUUUGCAUCAACUCAAGGUACAAGAGAUGCGUUAUCAAAAUUGAGUAAAAUAGAGGCAGAAAAACCUUCCCAAACUGUGAACAUCUGUGAAGGGAAUUGGCAAUACAUCAAAUGCCCAAGGGGUCAAGCUAUUUUCAUUACCCGGGCGAACUAUGGCCGAACCAGCAGGGACACAUGCCCCCAUUCAGCAAUCAGGACUACCAAUUGCAGAUCUAGUCGGACACUUCAAGCCGUCAAACGACUUUGUCAUGGACAGCCAAUGUGCAAAUUGUAUGCGAUCAAUCGUGUGUACGGAGAUCCUUGUGUAGGGACAUACAAGUACUUGCAAGUUACCUACCACUGCAGACGUCGUUAUACAUCAAAACGGUCGAUUGUGUGUGAGGGUCGGACAGCGAGAAUGGGCUGCCCCCUUGGACUCACAUUAAGGAUACAAGCUGCCCGUUACGGAAGGACUAACAGAAUCCACUGCCGUCAUUCCGCUAUGGGAAAUACCCGCUGCAUUGCUCACAGGUCUCGACAAAUCGCUCAAAGCAGAUGCAAUGGAAGAAGAUUUUGUCGACUGCCUGUAACCAAUAGAGUGUUUGGCGAUCCGUGUUUUGGAACAUACAAGUACUUAGAUAUAAUGCAUCAAUGUGUAUGAUACAGGUGGUAGGCCAACCUGUGCUGAGCAGAGAAGUUUUAUCAUCGAAGAACAGAAAUCUGUCUUACUAGUUUCCUAUUUUUACUCUUAAACGUUGAUUCAAAUACAUUGAGUUUGAAAGCAUUA